AAGGCGGUGAGAGGAUCAUGGUCGUCGUCAUUCAUUCAUGAAAUCAUAAAUAGGGGUGUAAAAUGGAAGAUGAGUUAGAAGAUAGAAUAUUUUAUCAAACUUACAUCUCCCACAUGAAGAUUUUAUCUAAAUUUGCUGUAGGGGUACCCCUCAAUUCUGCCUAUGUCGCUCAUAUUUGGCGCAUUCUUAGGCUCUACGUAUUAAAACCAGAAGUGCUUAUAUUUAGUGCAUUUUUGAUCGUGGUUAUAGUAUACCUUCAAGCAGUAGAUUUAUGGAGUCGCAGUUUACUAGGCAGAUUGUAUGUGGCUGUUGGAAAAUCUUCUUCUACAAAAGUGCAAAAGUUUCAAAUAUUUGUGAAUGAUGGUGGUGAUGUUGAUAAGCUGAGUUGGGAGUUGAAAGAAAACAAUGUUGCUGUUUAUGCGGUACAAGGACGUCGACCCCGUAUGGAAGAUCGUUUUGUCGUAAAUGAAAAUAUAAACAAUACUGGAGUUUCUCUCUUUGCUGUUUUUGACGGCCAUGGUGGUGAAUUUGCUGCCAACUAUGCUAGAGACAACCUGAUCAAUAAUCUGAAUAACAAGAUAAUAGAGGUGAAGAGGUUGAUAGCAAACGGAGGUCCAGAGAAAAGCCCACUGGGAAUAAAAGCCUACCAACCGCAAGCAUCGCCAAAGCCAGAUGCUAAGAAAGUGCAGCAAGAUAUUGCCAGUGAUAUAUUGAAACGACGUAAAAGCUUCAAGAAAACAGCUUCGCAAACGGCUGAUGAGUAUGAAUCGGGAAACUCUUCUGUAUCGGUGACAGAUCCGUUUCUAUUGGAGAAACUAGAUGCGCUGACUCGCCCCAUAACCAGAGAGGUGAGGCCUUCGCGCGGCUCGAUCUCUGGUGCAUCGGUCCCACCUCCCCAGCCACCUGACAUAUCUGUCUAUCUCAAUUCGGACUCUUCCAUCAAUUACAACCGGCUGUUGACUGAUGAGGUCUUAGCGGCAGAUCGACUUCUCGUCGAAGCAGCCAAGAAGUCCAUGGAUAUUGCUGGUACAACCGCACUGAUAGCUAUUGUUGAAGGCAGCAAACUUGUGGUGGCAAAUGUGGGCGAUUCACGCGGGGUCAUGUGCGAUAGCAAAGGCAAUGCUAUUCCUCUCUCAUUCGAUCACAAGCCACAACAGAAGCGUGAAAGCAAGCGGAUAGAAGAGGCGGGCGGCGUGAUCACGUUCAACGGGGUGUGGCGAGUGGCAGGCAUCCUGGCGACAUCACGAGCGCUGGGCGACUACCCGCUCAAAGACCGGCGCCUGGUGAUCGCCGACCCGGACGUGCUCACGUUCGACCUGGCCGACCACCGGCCGCAGUUCCUGGUGCUGGCCUCGGACGGCCUGUGGGACGCCUUCUCUAACGAGGAGGCGGUCGCCUUCAUCCGCGACCGGCUGUCCGAGCCUCAUCACGGCGCCAAGAGCAUCACCCUGCAGGCCUACUAUCGCGGCUCGCUCGACAACAUCACUGUCCUCGUCAUCAAUCUGCUGCAUCACAACUGGGCGCAGUAAGAGUAACACAACUGAAUGCAUUACCACAUUGAUUGUUUCACAUGCAAGUUCUAUGGUUUGAUUAACCUCCUUAUAUCAUCAAUAUAUCCCAUCAACGGGUUUUAUGAAAAUUACCCAUCAUCAAAAUUGACAAGCAUCUCCUAAAUUACAAGUUCAGAUGAAAAUUUAUAUGAGCUGUGAUUUUUGCUCAUGCGUUUUGUCUGAACAAAAAUCUAUUGAUACUUGGACGUUUUUACUUAUAUUAUCCUCAUAUAAUUGUAUACAACAAAGAAUUUUUUUGAUUUGUUUAAUUAUUAAACAAAUUACUAUUACCCUCUUUCUACUUUUUUAUAUUAUUUUAUUUAAUGAUUUAAAAUAUCCGAUGAACGCUAUAUAAAUAGAACUAGGGACUUCUGCUACUGCAAUUAUUAUCCGUAGAACGAAAUAGCAGAAAAAAAUUAGAAGAAUGAAACUGUCCAAAAAUUGCAAUUUUGGGCGCAAGUUUUGGACAGUCUCAUUUUUCAAAUUUCCUUCUGCUAUUUAUUUCUUCGGUCAAUAUUUGUAGUAGCAGAAGUCCUUAGUUCUAUUUAUAUAUAUCUUUCAUCGGAUAUUUGAAAUUAUUAUUGUACAGUAAUACAAUAUUGUCCUCAUAUUGUUGUAGUAAUAUGUGGCUUGGUGCAACAACUACCUAUGUCAAUUAUCAACUUUCUCACAAAUCAGCUUGAAAGUUCACCUUGUAUUUUCCAACUACGGCAUUUCGAUAAGGAAAUGUAAGUGCUAGAAGUGCAGAAGUCGACAUUGGUAGUUCUGGCAUGGAGUAUAAAUGACAAUCUGAAAACAUAUGUCUUCAUUUGUAGUUUUCACACUCUGAGAGUGAAAUUACUAAAUACAAAAACAACUUCUUAUUGCUUUGAGAUAGGACAUUGGCACUUCUGAAACUGAAAAUAAUCGAUAUUAGUGAUGUAUUUGGUGUAUUAAACUCCUUUUUGAAAAAAUUGACAUUGGUAGUUUUUGCACCAAGCCACAGAUAAUAAAAAAGUAAAAAGACUAGUAAUUUCUAUGAUUAAAUCGUAUACAAGUCUAAAUGUAUCUUUACUCAAUUGUAUAUCCCGCACUGAAGACCGACCUCCUCUACGUCAGUCGUUGUCUCUCCUCUCAGCUGAUCCUAUUCCUAUCACAUUGUACUUUCCUACCCGACAACAAACAGUUAACAGACAUUGGUUCCUAUGUUACCAAUCGAGAUAUCCAACAAGUAAGGCAAAAUUAGAGUCUUGCCCUCAUUAUUCGAAAUAGCAACUGUCUAAUCUCAUCACCCAACUACUAAGAAUUCAAUAUCUUAUUUGCAUAAAUACUGUACCGUAAUAGGAACACAAUUACAUUCAAACAGUUUUAUUGAUCUGACUUAGACUUCUACUGGAUAUUUAUCAGUAGACCAAAGACUAAUCCUCUUAAUAAUCAUAAAGCUACUUAUUCAGCUUUAUCCUGUUAUAUUUGAUGGCUUAUACAUGUUACCAAUUUAAGUUUUAAGCCAUAUGCAUAUGAUUUAGAUUCAUAUGCUUGUUUAGAUUGGAAUUUUUCACUUUAAUAACAAUAAUUUUUCUUUACCAUAAUCGACAUCUAAUAAUUAUUACUGUCAAUAUUGUAGAAAUGUUAAUACUGAAGCGUGAACUGAACAAGGCUAAUACAGUACUUUCAAAGAAAGUUUAUUAUGAUUUAAAUAAAUAUUAUCAUGAUUAUUGUAUUCCCAACUAUCAUAAUCUGAUAUGUUUUAAAUAAAAUCCAUAAAUUUACCAAAUACUAUUCAUCUAUCCUUUAAAAGGCAAAACAAUUAUGAAUAAAUUGAAGUUUCUAUGGUGCGAUUGAUAUCAUGGAUUCAAUCAAAAACUUUCAGAACACUAAUACUUUGAAUAACUUUGUAUUAAUACAUUGUAAUGUCAUACUUAUCUGGUGAAUUUAAUUUCUUAUCAAUGAAUAUACGAUUUAUUGAUGAGACGACGUUUGUACAAAACAUUCAUAACAAUUUUAUUGAUUAUUGUAGCAGCUAUGGUGGGAGACUUAUUAUAUAUUAUAUAUACUCAAUAAGAGAAUACACACAUUAUAUUCUAUACAUGCAACAUAAUGAAGUAAAAUAUUGUUUUUCACUUUAAUUCAAUCUUCUAUACUUCUGUAAAAGGAGUUUUUAUCAGAUUCUCCAAGUAUAUAUAUUAUUCUCAAGGUAUUGUCCUUCCUGCUAUUGGGAGAAUUUUUUCAGUCAAUUCCCUUUUUUAUAUAACUAUAGUCUAAUAUAAUUCAUUAACAUUCAUUGUAAAUGUUAAAUAAAUAGUUUAAUGCUAUUUGUCAUCAAUAUGUAGAAAUCAGUCCCAAGCCUAUCAAUGUCGAACAAAAUCGUAACCAAUAUUAUAAUAAUAUUUAAGCUUAUCCCGUUAUUUAUUUGAAAAAAAAUAUUUCUACUGGAAUCUUUGUGAGAAAUACUAAGUAUCAAUUGUUGCUUGCUAAUGUUGUGAAUUGUAAUUUACGCACUUGAUGUUGACUGUGAUUAUAGUUUUAUGUUUGAAAAACAUAAUUUUCUAUUAUUGUACUAUAAAUAAGUACAGUAAACAGGAUUAAUUGGCUUUGUAAAAUAGAUGCAAAAUAUUCUACAGUAUCAUUGUAUUGACAAUGUAAAAACCACAUCAAUAGUAGGCCUAUAAUUGUAUUAUUAUAAAUAUUCUGGUAAUAAUGUUUCUGUCAUAAUCGCGACAAUAUUUUUUAAUAUUCAUUGAAAUUUCUAGAAGGUGUAUAAGAUAUUUUUUUCAAUCUUUCUAUAUUCAAUUAAUUCAACACUAUCUCAUUAUUAAUUAUAUGUCUAUGAUUAAAUUUUAGUGUACAGCUAAAGAAAUGUGUACAAAUGUAUAUUGUUAAAAUCUUCAAUAUCACAAUACUCAAUGAACAAAUGUAAUUCUACUGUACGAGCUAAAAAUCAAUUUUCAAUUGAGCUAUGAAGGAUCGUUAUAAAUUAACACAGAUAAAAUUUUUUUCUUGUUUCAAAUACACCAUAUCACUUCCAAUAAACAUAGGAUUAUAAUAUGCAUUCAAUAAGAUUUUUUAAUUUGAAAUGGUAAUUGAAGUAGGAAUCUUGUAAUUAUUUAUACGUUUUUUGUCUCUGUAAAAAUAUAUUGGGCUGUGCGAUAUAGGUACAUGUAUUGUAUGUACAUCACUAUUUUUUAAUAUUUGAAUUUUGAAUAAUUUCAUGAUAAAUAAUACUUAUAAGAAUUAAUCUGUUUUGGAUAUAAUUGGCUCGCUCCUGUCAUUUUGACUAUAAUGAGAAUAAUAAUGGCUAUUGUAGAUAAAAUGUAAAAUCGUUUCAUUUUUUUUCAAAAAAUCCUAAAAAAAUAUAAAGCUAAUUAUUAUCAAUUUUCAAUCAAACUUGAGGAACGAGUUAUUUUGUUAAUAAUUGUUGUACUUUGGUAUACCGUUUCGCCUCUAAACCUAUAUCGUGGUUUUUCUCUCCCUAUCAUUUUUGACGAUGUACUUAUUGUAUGAAUCAGUCAAUCAAUAAAGUGGGAGAGAGGGCCGGCUGCGCCCCAACUUUGCUCACCAGUUGAAAUAAAGGCAGUCUAAAAUUAUAUAUCAGUUUCAUGACUGAAAUUAAUCUAUCAUUUAUCCGUAAUCAAUCAUUUUUUAUUUUCAUCAAUCAUGAUCAAAUCCAUAAGACUUAGAGUUAAAGUUGAGUUAAAGGUUUCCUUAUUAUAUUUACUACUAAUUAUUGUCCUUGAGUUUUUCGAAUCAAUCGUUUCAACUGACAACUGCUAUGGAAAGUUCCGUUAAUUUUUGUGAAAAAUUGAAGUUUCGCAAAUCAUUGGCAAUUGAAGCGAUUGUUCGUGUAAGUGGGUAAUGCUCCCAUGGCCAAAAAAUAACACUGGAAUUUAAUAUAAUAGGCCUACAUAACCAGGAAUUAGGCACUUCAUCAGGUUUGCUAUGAAUUACAGAUCAGUUUGAAGUACAGUAUAAUAAUGAAUUAUCACCGAAAUCGGGUAGAUCAUUGUUUUUCAGUUAGGAUUGUUAUCUCCUUUUCAAAUUGGUGAUAUUUAAUAAAAAAAUGAUUAUCACAGUAUUAGUAGUACUGUAAAAAUAUUCAGAUAUAUGAUCAAUUCCCUUGCUGACCAUUCUGUCUUUUAAUAAGUUGCACUCUGAUUUAUUAUUAUUGUUGAUAUAUCUAUUUAAUUAGGUAAUGCUUCAUUGAAUCAAACCCGCUUUGUUUCUAGUUGUUCUAGUCUGUUAGUUUGCGUUAUUUCCUAGCAUUUAAUCAUAUUGUUAUGCGUGUUUUAAAUUUACAUUCUUUAUUGUUAUUGUUUGAAGCUAAAGCGUUGAUGAUUGUGAAAGUCUGCUUUUUAAUCCAACUAAAUUGGCUAAUUGUGUAUGUUUUUGAAUAUUAUUAUCAUAUUUACAUUCUUUCUCUCUCUCUCUCGUUUUAUUGAAUUUUAUGCUAAGAGUUUGAUUGUUUUUCAUCACUGGAAAAUUCUACAAUCAAUAUUUUUUAUUUACUAUUUGUUAUUUUAAUUUUUUUAUAUCCAUGCCAUGAUCAUUAUAGUGUUCUCAUAUUCAUUUACGAUCAAGUUUAUCGACAAUAUAUCUUGGAUACGAACAAUUUAUCAUUAUUAUUUCAUGUACAUUAAUAUUUAUUUCUCAUUGUUUACGUCCAUGUAAGUUAGUAACUCAUCUAAUCCAUCCAUGACUGGAGCAGCGAUAGCUCAUCAAAUUUGCAGCCUCUGACUAACUUAAUUGAUUUUAGACUUAGUCACAUUCACCCAAAUUUAUUUAUUUCAUUUUAAAAUUUUAUAUUGAUUUUUACUGACAUAAAAAAUUAAUUUACUCUGCAUCUGGAUUAAAUGUAUAUUUCCUUAUAAACCUGUGCUGUUACUAUUGUGAUAUUAAUCAUCAAUUUAUUCAAAAUUAAUAAAAACCCUAUUUGAACAAUUAAACAGUACCUAUUUCAUUAGAUUCUCUAAUAACUAAUACCUACAAUUACCGUAACUGUAAUUAUAAUAAAACGCAUAUACUCGGUUGUAAAUUGUAAACAAGUUUUGUAAAAUAUUUUUCUAAGAUAUUCAAUUAACGAUUUUGUAAGUUGCCAGUUUAAUAUUGUUAUAUUCUCUUGUUCUGUAAUUAUCAUUUUUAACUUGUUCAUUU